AUGGCGUACGUUCUAUCCACAUCGUAUUCUGGAGAGUCGCUCCUCUCCAGCUUCAACUGGUUUGAUGGGGUAGAUCCCUCUCACGGAUUUGUUUCCUAUCAAAGCAGGCAAGAUGCCGAGUCUAUGGGCUUAUACCAUAUAGAUGAGAGGACAGGAGUUGUCAGACUAGGAGUUGACAGCACGAACAGUUAUUCCGUUACAGAUAGGGGUCGGCCGAGUAUCAGAAUCGAGAGCAAGGAGACGUAUGAUCAUGGCCUUUUCAUUGCCGACUUUUUACACAUGCCCCCUUCAGAGUGUGGAUUGUGGCCAGCAUUCUGGACGUAUGGUGAUAACUGGCCAUUUGAUGGCGAAAUUGACAUUAUCGAAGGAGUCAACACAGCCCAUACCAACAUCAUAUCGGCACACACAUCAGACGGAUGCACUCAAGGCAAUGACAUAAACGGGCUUUUCAGUGGCGAGCAGUUAAGCAGACAAUGUGCUGUGGGCACCGACAACAUUGGCUGCGGCUUUAACCCCUCGUCUGAAGACGUAUCGUCUUAUGGCGACGGAUUCAAUGCCGCUCAUGGAGGUGUUUAUGCCAUGGAGUGGGAUCCUGUGCAUAUCCGCAUCUGGCACUUCCCUCGCGGGUUGAUUCCGAGGGAUAUCGAGAAGAAGGAGCCCGAUCCUGACACAUGGGGGCAGCCGAUAGCUAUUUUCGGAGGUUCAGAAUGUGGUGUGGACAAGUAUUUUAAGCAUAUGAGACUGGUCCUCAAUAUUCCCCUGGGAGUUGAGAAGCGAGAGAACUGGACACUGACCAGAAUACACCAGAACUUCUGCGGAGAUUACGGUGACGCAGUCUGGGGCAAAACGGAUCAAUGCAACGACUUUGCACCGACAUGCGAUGAAUACGUGGCAAAGAAUCCAGAGGCCUUUGCCAACGCAUACUGGGACGUGCAAUACAUCGAUGCCUACGAAUUCCGUCCCCAUAUCCGCAAACCGCGGCCAAGUAACCCAAGCCGUCCAGGCUUCGACGAUAGUGGGCGUACAACGACAAUAACACAGACAACUCACUGGACCGAGUAUGUGACAGUACACGCUACUGGGCAUGCGUCUUACGUUCCGCAUUUUGGGGAUGUCCCUGCUGCAACAACUUAUGCCAUUGAACCGGUAGCAACCAAAGCACCUGUCAAUCCCGUCAAGAUCGAUCACUAUUCGUAUCUGGGCUGCUUCUACUCAAACACCGGCUUCCAAACAUUCCAUGAGGUUGCUGAUAACAAGGAAUUGACUCUCGAGCGCUGCGUCGAGCUUUGCAACAACAAGACUUACGUCGGCGUCUUCGACUCUCACUGUUUCUGCGCGGAUAAUCUUGAUGAUGAAACCAGGGCGACCGAAAAGGAGGGCCUGUGCAACAAAGAGUGUCCGGGAAACAAGCUCGAGUUCUGCGGCGGCAUUAUUACGCCCCAGGACAUUGACUGGCCGAGCGGGAAGUUUGUCUCGGAGACUUUGCCGCUGCAUGCGCUUACUGUGUAUGGUCGUGUUGAAGAGGAGAAGGUCGAGGCACCGCCAGCGAUGGCGCCGGGGUCGAACUGGACGGGGGUGAAGCCGGAGAAGGAGUUUUCCAAGACGGUCGCUGAGGUGGUGGAGGUUACUGUUUUCCCGAUAUCUGAGGAGGAGUAUCGCGGAAAGGGUGAGAAUGAUGGUGACAGGCAUGAUGAUGACAAGUCCGAAGGUGAUUGGAAAGGGGGUGACCAAAAGGAUGAGAAACAUGACCAAGACAAGGAUGAUGGACACGAUUGGCACAAUCACGGAGAUUGGCAUGAUUGGUUCAACCAUGGAGCAGAUGGGCACGGAGCUGAUCAUAAUGAAGGCGGCAUGAAAGACGCCUUUUGGAUUCCCUCUGCAGGGGAGGAAAAAGGCAAACCAGCGGAACCUGCAAUCUCGGAGAUUGUGGUUCCGGUGACGAAGACGGUUGUUGAAUGCCCUGAGAGUAUCACGACAAAGGAAGCCAUUGUGAUACCGACUUGGUUGCCGCCCGUCGAACCGAAGCCUUGGACUCCUUCUGAUCCUGUUCCUCCUCCUCCUACUCCCCUUCUUAGACAUGGCGAUGGCGAUGAUCAUUCUCAUCCUCCUCCACCCCCUCCACACGAUGGCGGUGAUUACCAUCCUCAUGACCCUCCCCACCCUCCCCCAUCACACGAUGAUAACCAUAACAACACUCAUCCACUACCUCCUCCGGUGGUACUUGUUGCGGCAGCAUCAACAGUGUAUGGGGGAAUGGAGAAAUACCUGGCAAUUUUGGGGCUGAGUAUACUGGUUCUUUUCAUGAGAGUAUUUUAA